AAAAAGUACUCCGUCGUAGACAUUGAACGCUUCUCCAUUUUGAGGGAGCUUUCAAAGAGAAAAACCCUAGUCCUUUCUCCCUUUCCUCUCUUCUUCUAAAUCUUUUUCUUCUGAAUUCUGAUAAAUACGUAAUUACGUAGUAUGAAAAAACAUCUUCUUAAUUAAACUCAUGGGGAGGCUUUACUCUCAGGUUAGCGGGCUGCUCAAAGACCAGUAGCUACUGGAACUAUAGACAACCGAGUUGGGUGUGAUCGUUGGGUAAGGCCAGAUGAGGGAUGGAUUAAACUGAAUACUGAUCGAUGCAGCGAUCUAUGAUCGAAAUGGCCAAAGAGGUUUUGUGUGGAUUGCCAGGAACGCAGCUGGCCAACUUCUGGCGUGUUCUUCAACCCCAUGGCCUCAGGGGCGGAGCUAGCGCACUAGACCAGACUGGGUCGAUACAAUUUUUUUUAAAAUUUUUUGAAUCAAUAUUUUUUGAAAUUUUUUACACAGAAUUUUUUACACUAAAAAUACAGACAUUUUUAAAAUUUGGGAUGGGUCAGGGCCAGGGAUGGCCCUCCCCUAGCUCCGCCCAUGCAUGGCCUGCUACAUGCUCGGUCAAAGAGAUGGAGGCACUAGCAAUUCGGGAGGCUUUGUUAUGGUCAAAAUCACAGGAAUGGGAGAAAAUUGUGGUGGAAACAGAUGCGCUUCAAGUGGUUUCUGGACUAGCCGAAGAACUAGGAAGCUCCUACUUUGACCUUAUUUUAGAUGAUAUUAGAGUCAUGAUCACGUCUAACGUGAAUAUUAAUGUCUCACACGUGAAACUAUCUGCGAAUCGGGUAGCUCAUAAGUUUGCUAGAGUUGUCGUUUCUUUGUCUGAUCGUAGAGUUUGGUUCGAUGCUCCUUUAUUUAUUGUAAGCCUUAUGGCUAAUGAUUUGCUUAAUUAAUUAUUAGAAUUUUAUUUAAAAAAAAAAUCAAUAUUUUCAAG